AUGUCGACAGAUAAUAAUUCAAAAGAUAAUAUCACAGAAAAUAACAGAGACGAGCAAAAAUUAGAGAAUGAAUGUGACUUUCAAUUUAAUAACAUUAAUUUCAAUGAAUUAGCAUUCGAAUAUUUAAGAAAAUUAGAAGAAUAUUUAAAUGAACUAAAGAUAACAAAGUUUGAUUAUUCCCAAUUCAAUUUUGAUGAUCUUAAAAUAAUUGGGCAUGGAGGAUUUGCAGUUGUUUAUUCUGCUGAACUUCAAGCAGCCUAG